CCAAUAAGAGCGGCAGCUGGGGGCUCAGGCGGUCUCUUUGUUGCGGUUCCGCUCAUUCGGGCUCUGCACUCGGCCGGUGUCCUUGUCGUGUCCUUCUCUCCUCUCCCUGCCUCUUGUCCCCUUCUCUCCCUCUUCCUCCUCUCUGUCUGCAACAGAUCCGUGACCAUGUCCAUCUUGAAGAUCCAAGCCCGUGAAAUUUUUGAUUCGCGUGGUAACCCCACUGUGGAAGUGGACUUGUACACUGGAAAAGGGCUGUUCAGAGCUGCUGUUCCCAGUGGUGCCUCUACUGGCAUUUAUGAAGCACUAGAACUUCGAGAUGGUGACAAGACGCGAUUUUUGGGCAAAGGGGUUACAAAAGCUGUUGAUAACAUCAAUACAUUAAUUGCACCUCAGCUGAUUAAGCAGCACGUUAAUGUCAUCGAGCAAGAGAAAAUUGACAAGCUGAUGUUGGCAAUGGAUGGCACUGAAAACAAAUCUAAAUUUGGUGCCAAUGCCAUUCUGGGUGUUUCAUUGGCUGUGUGCAAGGCUGGUGCUGCAGAGAAAGGGGUCCCCCUAUAUCGUCACAUUUCUCAUCUUGCGGGCAAUACACAGGUUAUCCUGCCUGUUCCAGCUUUCAAUGUGAUCAAUGGUGGAUCUCAUGCUGGCAACAAGUUAGCCAUGCAGGAGUUCAUGAUCCUGCCAAUCGGUGCUGCCAGCUUCAGGGAAGCGAUGCGCAUUGGUGCUGAGGUGUACCACAACUUGAAGAAUGUCAUCAAGGACAAGUAUGGGAGGGAUGCGAUCAAUGUUGGUGAUGAGGGUGGAUUUGCACCAAAUAUCUUGGAAAACAAGGAGGCUUUAGAACUGUUGAAGGUCGCCAUCGAUAAAGCAGGCUACUCUGACAAGGUUGUGAUUGGUAUGGAUAUAGCAGCCUCGGAAUUCUUUCGUGAUGGGAAAUACGAUUUGGAUUUCAAAUCCCCACCUAAUCCCAACCGUUAUGUUACUCAUGACAAGCUGAUUGAACUUUACCUGAGUUUCUCGAAAAAUUAUCCUGUUGUCUCUAUUGAGGAUCCUUUUGACCAAGAUGAUUGGGCUGCCUGGACACAAUUUACAGGUCAAGCAAAGAUCCAAGUGGUUGGUGAUGACUUGCUUGUGACAAACCCUACUCGCAUUGCGAAAGCAAUCGAGGAGAAAGCCUGCAACUGCCUGCUGCUCAAAGUGAACCAGAUUGGCACCGUCACAGAGUCCAUUGAAGCAUGCAAACUGGCCCAGUCGAAUGGAUGGGGUGUAAUGGUGAGCCAUCGUUCUGGCGAGACUGAAGACACUUUCAUUGCUGAUCUGGUUGUUGGGCUUUGCACUGGACAGAUCAAGACUGGGGCCCCUUGCAGGUCGGAACGGCUGGCGAAGUAUAACCAGUUAAUGAGAAUUGAAGAGGAGCUCGGGCAGACGGCUUGUUUUGCUGGCAGAAGUUUCCAGAACCCUCUUGCCAAAUAAACCAGGCAACAUGUUUUCUGUCAACAAUCCAAUGUUUAGAGCAGCUUUUACUUUGUUCCUUCUGUACCAGCAAAAUUGCCAUUUUGUUUUUGUACUGUCAUUGUUGCAGAAUGACUGUUCUAGUAGAGGGAAGGGAAAUGUGUCAAGAUUUUUGAUGUAUUCCUUUCUCUAGAAAAAAAAAUAAAUGCAAGGCUUGAACCAU